AUGACAUCCAACAGCACCACGGGCUCACAGUAUCAGGGCGUCGUGGAGAAAGUCCUGCUCGCAUCGCUGACUUUUAUUCCAAGUUGCACGUUUUUCACUGUUAAUGUCAUUAUGUUGUUUACGCUGCGGAGCAAGCCAGUGUUUCGAGAGACGUCUGGCUUCGUUCUACUCUUCAACCGUCUAUUUGCUGACACUUUUAGUUUGGCAAUGGGCCAGCUCAUGUAUCUCCUGGCGUCGAUGAGAAUACAGCUGACGUAUCCCGUCUGUGGUUUUUUGAUUUCAAUCAACAGUUUAGCCGCCAACAUCUCUCCUUUGACGCUGGUGGUUAUGUCGAUGGAGAGAUACGUGGCUGUUUGCUUCCCACUCAGGCACCCCAGCAUCGUCACCAUCAGGACCACAGUCUGGGCUAUUAGUCUUGUUUGGAGCUAUUCCUGCUUGAUUCUUCUGGUACGGGUGGGGUUAAUGUGCCAGUUUCCCUUCCAUGAGCUGGAGACUCUCAUGAUGGAGGACACCUGUGGCUCGCUCAUCUUGUGGCUGCUCCCGGAAGCGGCCCAGUUUGACACAGUGUACCGGUUGUUUCUGUUCAUUUCGACGGGUGCCAUCAUUGUAGGCAGUCUGGCUGUAGUCAUUCUAGCUGCCAGGUCCUCCUCAGAAAGACAAAGGUCAGCCAGAAAAAUCCGUGACACAAUGUCACUACAUGUGUUCCAGCUAGGGCUGAGUCUUCUGUCCACCAUGCACAGCGGGAUGCUGAGGGCUACUUUUAAGAUAGUGUCACGUAUAACUUUGGUUCGCAUUAAGAACGUUCUUUACGUUUGUUCUUUCAUCUGUCCCCAUUGCUUGAGUUCUCUAAUCUAUGGUCUCAGAGAGGCCGCCAUCCGACCCGUCCUCUUGAGCAAUCUUGGCUGGCGACUCAAAGUGUCCACUGUUAAAACUCACGUCUCGGCUCGGAACUGGUAG